GUCCCACUUGUUAACAAAAGCAAGCCAGUAAGCAAGGGCCAAGCAUCAUCUCUCUCUCCCUAUCAGUAUCUGCCCGCUGGGCGAUACGGUAUCGACAUUGUUAUCAGCAGUCAAACAAACAACCCCCGCAAAUCCUCGGGAUCCCCUCCCGAGCGCGAUAUCGCUGCUGUUCUUUCCUCUGCUGGCGGAGAUUCGCCCGACUGACUGAUUCACCUUCUUUCUUCCCCUUCACUGUUUAAAAACACAAAUCUACAUCUACAUCUACAUCUACCAUACCCAUAACACUACACCUACCUAGAUACAUCCAUCCUCCAUACAACAGCAUUCACGACCUCCAACAAUGUCCCCACCCCCCUCGCCCUCAGGCCAAAAGCCCAAGACCCUCGCAUUCAUCGGCUGCGGAAACAUGGGCUCCGCCAUCCUAAACGGCCUCCUCUCCGCCACCGCCCCCUCAACAUCCAGCAUCCCCGCCAACCCCCCCAAAAUAACCACCUUCAUCAUCAACACCAAAACCGCCAACUCGGCCGCGCGUCUGCGCUCGCAAUACGCCCCCUCCACAACACAAGCGCAAGUGACCAUCACCCACGGCCAGAACGUGCAGGCGAUGCAACAAGCCGACGUGAUCCUGCUCGCAUGCAAGCCGUUUCUGGCGCGGGGGAUCCUAUCCGAGCCGGGGAUCCAGGAAGCCGUGCGGGGAAAGAUAGUGGUUAGCAUCAUGGCCGGAGUGAAGACGCAGGAUAUAUUGGGGUGGGUGUACGGGGAGGGGUAUAGCGAGGAUCUGGAAGAAGAGCCGGUGAUUGUACGCGCCAUGCCGAAUGUCGCUGCGCGGCUGGGCGAGUCGAUGACCAUCGUUGAGGUUCCGGAGGGGGAGGCGGAAGAGGGGGAGGUUAUGGGGCUGAUGGGGUGGUUGUUUGGGGCGAUUGGGAAGGUGAAGGUCGUGGCUGCGGAUUUGUUUGAUGUUGGGACGAUGUUGGUGGGGGCGUCGAUGGCGGUUUUGACGGUGCCGCUGGAGGGGGUGUUGGAUGGGUGUGUGGCCGAGGGCUUGAGGAGGGCGGAGGCCCUGGAGAUGGCCGCGCAGACUAUGGUUGGUAUGGCGGCGUUGUUGAGGGAUGGUGUUCAUCCGGCGAUCCUGAGGGAGAGUAUCUCCUCCCCCAGAGGGUGUACCAUCCAGGGGGUUUUGGCGGUUGAGAGGGCCGGGGUUAGGGGGCGGUUUGCGGAUGCGCUGAUUGAGGGGACGAGGCAUUUGAAGAAGGAUAAUUAG